AAAACAUCAACAAUCCUUCCAGCUUCCAGGCUAGGGCGAAGUGUCAGUGUUAGCCUAGCAGCGAAGUAGCUAAGCGGGUUUUCUUGGGUGUUUCACAGAUUUGUUUUAUUUUUUUUAAUAUAUAUAUAUAUAAUUAGCGUGUUGUAGCAUCCCAGAUAUGUCGUUGUUAGGUAAGCUAUUUGGUGGAGGAGGAAAAGGAGGAAAGGGACCGAGCCCACAGGAGGCGAUCCAGAAACUCCGAGAGACGGAGGAGAUGCUAACGAAGAAACAGGAAUUUCUAGAGAAAAAGAUCGAACAGGAACUGCAAAUUGCCAAGAAAAACGGCACGAAAAACAAAAGAGCGGCUCUGCAGGCUUUGAAAAGAAAGAAGCGGUAUGAGAAGCAGCUCGCUCAGAUUGACGGCACGCUGUCGACCAUCGAGUUCCAGAGAGAGGCUCUGGAGAACGCCAACACCAACACUGAAGUGCUCAAGAACAUGGGCUUCGCUGCCAAGGCCAUGAAGUCUGCCCAUGAAAACAUGGACAUUGACAAGGUGGACGACCUGAUGCAGGACAUUACAGAGCAGCAGGAGCUGGCCCAGGAAAUCUCUGACGCCAUCUCUAAACCUGUCGGCUUUGGAGAGGAGUUUGAUGAGGACGAGCUGCUGGCGGAGCUGGAUGAGCUUGAACAAGAGGAGCUGGAUAAAAACCUGCUGGAGAUCGGGGGAUCAGAGAACGUCCCCCUCCCCAACGUGCCUUCAUCUUCAUUACCUUCCAGACCUGCCAAGAAAGAGGACGACGAGGACGACAUGGAGGACCUGCAGCGCUGGGCGAUGGAAGCCAUGUAAACGCAGCAUCCGCCACAUCAUACCUGCAUCAGAGAGGGAAGAGAAAUGAGCAAUGGGGGAAUGAAUGGACUGAAAGGAUGUUGUGUAUGAGCGUUUUUGUGUGUCUGAGGAGAGCCGACCGUCUACUUUAUGUAACACUACGAAAAAAGCAAAAAUGCUGUAAUCUUUCUUUACCCGACACUUUCACAAAUAUAGACCCCUGGGUGCUCUGCAAUACGAGCUGGGGCUUUUAUUUUGAAGCUCUAUCACUUUACCUUGGCAAAGUCACCAAUUAUGUUUACCCUCAAUUUUAAUACAAUACUAGCACUUCGUGGUCCCUGUGCUGGGCGGGGCUAUUUCAGCGUCCACAGAGUUCAUGUUGAAUUAAAUACCAUGAGCUCUGUGGUGCGAUUAAGGAGUUGUUGUCAGAGUUGUGUUACAGUAUACGUGGCGUUACUGACGUCACUGGAUAACAGGGGAUUUUUUAUGAGAGCUUAAUCCUCUAAAGGUCAUAUAUUUACCUGUAUUUGUGGCGUUAAACUUGCUGGAUGUUUUGUUUUUGUUUGUUUUUUUCCCUUCUUGACAAAAAUAACAAUCGUUUGCUCUCUUGUUUUUUUGUUAACCGCUCUUGAAAAUAGGAGAACAGCUGAGCAUGAGCUGGGUGAAGAAACUACGAGCUGUGUGUUUGCCAGAGUCCGAACAUGUUUCUUUUGUUUCAGGCUGCGUGCUUUGUCCCCCCUUUCCCCCCCUCCUCGCCUCCUGUCGCCAUUUCAGCGACUUGUCCCUCCCUCAAAGGCGUUCUCACCAGUGGUUCUUGUUAUUUGGUGUAAAUAUCCCAAAUGUGUCUCUUUUUAUAUACUGUAUCUCUGCCGUCACUGAGAGGAUCUGUCGAGGUUGUGUGAAGCAUGCAACAAUGGGGAAAUGACAAUACAGAUCACUACGCACGGCUAGAAAAGAGAUGUUAGACCUAACACUUUCAUCCUGCUCUGUCUGUCUCGGUCCUUCUCAUAAGGGUUUUUGUUUCAGAUUGUAUAAUGUUAAAAAAAUUAUAAUAAUAAACUAUUGUCACACCUUAUUAACUGCAUCUUGAAGGAGCUGGUGGUUUAUAAAAUAUUAGAUUAUAGUCAAUCUACAACAUCAGCGUUUUUUUUUUUAGUUGAAAAGAGUUAAUUCAUUUAGUUUUUCAAAGUCAUGAUGUACAUUUUUUACAUAGAAAAAAAAAAACAUAACACAAGGACGGAUGGACAAGCAUGUUUGCAUUUCUAUGUUUUAUUUAUCCAGAUGAGAAUAUUAUUUGCAAAAUCAUUAAAGGUUUUCAAUUCUUU